AUGGUGCUUCUCGCUGAAAAUGCUUCGGAAGGCUCCAACUGCACCCACCCACCAGCACCAGUGAACAUUUCUAAGGCUAUUCUGCUCGGGGUGAUCUUGGGGGGACUCAUCAUCUUCGGGGUGCUGGGGAACAUCUUAGUGAUCCUCUCGGUGGCCUGUCAUCGGCAUCUGCACUCGGUGACUCAUUACUACAUCGUCAACCUGGCGGUGGCAGACCUUCUCCUCACCUCCACCGUGCUGCCCUUCUCGGCCAUCUUUGAGAUCCUGGGCUACUGGGCCUUUGGCAGGGUCUUCUGCAACAUCUGGGCUGCUGUGGACGUCCUGUGUUGCACAGCGUCCAUCAUGGGUCUCUGUAUCAUCUCCAUCGACCGAUACAUCGGUGUGAGCUACCCCCUGCGCUACCCAACUAUUGUCACCCAGAGGAGGGGCGUCAGGGCUCUGCUCUGUGUCUGGGCGCUCUCCCUGGUUAUCUCCAUCGGACCCUUGUUCGGCUGGAGGCAGCCGGCGCCUGAGGAUGAGACCAUCUGCCAGAUCAACGAGGAGCCUGGCUACGUGCUGUUCUCCGCGCUGGGCUCUUUCUACGUGCCACUGGCCAUCAUCCUGGUUAUGUACUGUCGAGUCUAUGUGGUGGCCAAGAGGGAAAGUCGGGGCCUCAAGUCUGGCCUCAAGACGGACAAGUCAGACUCGGAGCAAGUGACGCUCCGUAUCCACCGGAAAAACGUCCCGGCAGGAGGUGGUGGGGUGAACAGUGCCAAGAAUAAGACUCACUUUUCCGUGAGGCUCCUCAAGUUUUCCCGAGAGAAGAAAGCGGCCAAGACUCUGGGCAUCGUGGUGGGCUGCUUCGUGCUCUGCUGGCUGCCUUUCUUCCUAGUGAUGCCCAUCGGCUCCUUCUUCCCUGAUUUCAAGCCCUCGGAAACCGUUUUCAAAAUAGUAUUUUGGCUUGGGUACCUAAACAGCUGCAUCAACCCCAUCAUAUACCCAUGCUCCAGUCAGGAGUUCAAGAAAGCUUUUCAGAAUGUCCUGAGAAUCCAGUGUCUCCGCAGACGGCAAUCUCAGCACGCCCUGGGCUACACCCUGCACCCGCCCAGCCAGGCCGUGGAGGGACAGCACAGAGACAUGGUGCGUAUCCCCGUGGGCUCCGGAGAGACUUUCUAUAAGAUCUCCAAGACAGACGGAGUCUGUGAGUGGAAGUUUUUCUCUUCCAUGCCCCAGGGAUCGGCCAGGAUUACAAGGCCGAAGGACCAAUCUGCCUGUACCACAGCCCGGGUGAGAAGUAAAAGCUUUUUGCAGGUCUGCUGCUGUGUGGGGUCCUCGAACCCCAGCCUUGAAGAAAAUCACCAAGUUCCAACCAUUAAGAUCCACACCAUCUCCCUCGGUGAAAAUGGGGAGGAAGUCUAG